AUGGCCGGUCCCUCCACCGUGCUGCUGCUCGGCGCCUCCAUGGCCGUGCUCAUCGUGCUCUCCGCCGUCACCUUCCUCUGCGCCAACCGGGUGCACCGCGCGUCACGGCGGAGCGCCGUCGGCGACCAGGACGCGGAGCUGGGGCGCGGCGGCCGAGGGUGCACCGCGGCCGCGCCAGGGAUCGACGAGGCCGACCUGGCCGCGUACCCGACGGCGGUGUACUCCAAGGCGGCGACCGGCAAGGAGGAGGAGGAGGAGGGCACGCAGUGCGCGGUGUGCCUGGCGGAGUACGCGGACGGCGACGAGCUCCGGCGGCUGCCGGGGUGCCUCCACGCCUUCCACCGGCGCUGCGUCGACGACUGGCUGCGCCGGCGGCCGAACUGCCCGCUGUGCCGGUCCUCGCCGGCGCCGACCAACACCAGCAGCGCAUGCUAA